AUGGUGGGUCCACAGACAGGCUUCGCGCCCCUGCCCACGGGCGGAGAAGAACAAGAGCUGGGAGUCUUUGUGGGGAAGAUUAAAAACUACAACCACGAGAAAGGAUUUGGUUUCAUUUUCUGCGAGGCGCUCAACCUCCAGGGAUAUCAAGGAGAUGUGUUUCUCCAUUCAAAGAACAAAGGGACCUUUGAAGCUGGCGAUGAGGUUGCCUUUAUGGCCGUUCUUCGCAAUGGCAAGCUCCAAGCAAAGGACCUGCAGGCCGCCAGCACCGUGCUGGGCGAAAUGGGCCUAAUGGGCAACACCAUGAUGGGCGGCAUGGCAAAUCCCAUGGGUGGCAUGGUUGGUGACAUGGAUCCCGCAGCCAAACGAGCCAGGAUGUACUGA